AUGACAAGAAUAUUAAGCAGAGCGGCGAGGCCGUGCCUCCGACGGCUCAGCUCAGAGACCACAAAUCUUCGAGGGGCCUUCUCUCUCAGCUCAUACGCCCACAACUUCUCGACAUCAGAUGCUCAGCAUGCGACUCCCGGCUUGCGAUCCGUUCCCGAAGGCGCUCAGCCGCCUAUCGAGAUUGCUCCCGCAACAAAACCCCCCAGCGCGCGACCAAUUGAUACCCGAAAGAGUCAGAUGAUUCGAACAUAUACUUCGCUGCUCCGUACCACGCCCCUCAUCCUGUUCUUCCAGCACAGCAACCUCACAGCAGUGGAGUGGGCUGCCGUAAGGAGAGAGCUGAAAAAGGCAUUGGACGGUGUCCCACCAGUGAAUGCCAUUCCAGGCGCUGAACCUGUGGAUCUUUCUUCAAAAGUACAGCUGCAAGUGCUGAGGACCAACAUGCUGAAUGUGGCCCUGAAGCUUGUGGAAUUCUACGACCCCGAGACUGCGGCUGCCUCAAAGACUACGCCUCGAACAUCCAAAGGACCGGUAGUUCACGAUCUGUCAAAGGCUGCUUAUGAGCAGAUCAAGACCGCCGAAAUCUCACCCGAGUCUGCCUACGCCCAGAUUGAGCCUCUCAUGGUUGGACCCCUAGCCGGCCUUAUCAUUCCUGCGGUUUCUCCAGCACACGUCGCAGCAGCCUUGAGUGUUCUCGCCCCGGUCUCUGGAAAAUUCCCUGCCCCGACUCGGAGGAAGAACCCCGGAUACUACGAUCCCACUUUCCAAAACGGCUUGGCGAAGCUGGUGUUAAUAGGAGGCCGCAUUGAAGGCAAGGUCUUUGACCAGGCAGGAAUUCACUGGGUCGGUGGUAUUGAGGGUGGUCUUGACGGCCUUCGCGCGCAGCUGGUGGCCAUUCUCCAGGGCGCAGGUCUGGGCAUCACAUCCACACUGGAGGGCGGCAGCCGCAGCUUAUGGUUGGCUCUGGAGGGACGAAAGGAGCAGUUGGACGAAGAAUCAAAGAAGGAUGCGCCUGCGGAUACAUCUUCGUAG